UCGAGGUUUUCCCGCGUAUAGAGUUUUGACACACACUCGCUCUGUUUCUCUUUUGGUCGUUCUGCUCGAGGGCUCCAUGAGCUACUUGUCGAUCGAUUUCGCAGAAGUCCGGAGGCUCGUUUACAGGUGGGAGAGAGGGAGUGGAAUCGGUGGUUCCGCCGCUGCUGGUGGCGAUGAGAAUUCGCUGCCAACUGAUGAUGUCCGGCGUUUUCUCUCAUCCGAUGAGGUUAAUCGUGCCACGCUCGCAAUCUGUUCUUUACGUGAACGUGCUUCUGCAGUCACCCGCAUUCUAGAUGGUUCCUUUUCGACAGAUGGCUUAUGGAUCUCGCGAUUCGGAGACACCGAAUCCACGUGGUUUAACGACGAAGCGAUGGCGGCGUUGGAGUCCAUAGUUCCGAUUUCAGUGGCUUAUUGCCCCGAUCUGUUAACUCCAGAAGUUUUAGUGAAUUCUUUAGUUACCACCAAAUUUGCUGAUGCUCUGCUCAAAUCAUGCACGGUUUACAGCCCCAUCUUGACACGAAAGUUUCCGGAGUUGCUUGGUGAUUUUAUUUUGAAGUACGUGAAGGGCGAACGAGCUAAUUCUCUAGAAACUCCAUUAGUAUCACUCUCAUUGCUGAAGUUAACUUCUCUUUGCCGAGCAAUGCCUGAUAUGGCAGCACAUUUUCGAGAAGUACUUGUGAGGAGACAUGUUGGUGUAAACAUUGUGAUUCAAAUUACUAUCGAAGACAUAGAUGAUGUGGCUGAAUUCCUGCUGAGGAUUUUAUUUGCUGAUAAAGUGACCAGCAAAUGGUUCCUCUCAUGCAUGGAUGCAACCAGUGAGCAAAACAAACCAGACUGCAUUUCCUCAGACAAGAGAUCACCAGGCAAAGCAGUGUUAACUCCUCUUGAGAUGAUUGAAUCAAGACUACUCAUAGACACUAUGGUUCUCCAUCUUCGUGAAUGCUUACUUAAGCAUGCUGAAGCUGCAUUUUCUGAACAUGGUUGGAACAACAAGUUAUACUGUCAUUUGAAGAUCUACUGUUUUCUUGUGUGCAGAGGUGGAUGGCAACCACUUCACGAGGAGGUGGUCUUUUGGCUUUCAGCCCUCACAUGUGUGGGUAAUGGUUCUAAUAUUCAUUUGAAUAGCCGUCCAUGUGAAGGGUGUAUCAGUAGACGCAUGCUUGAGCUGGGAAGUGCUUUUCUAUUUCUCGUGCCUGGGCUAUCUAGUAUCCAAACAGCCAGUCAGUUUCAAGAUUGUUUGAAAUUCCUUCUUGGUUCAGCUAUAUCUGGAAGUGUAUGUUAUGAGGGCGGACCAGAAGUAGCCAUAUGGCUUCUUGUUCAGUUACUGCUGCAGUGUAAUGAUCGUGUUUCUGAGUUUGUCAGCAAGGCUAUUGGUGCAGACCUGAUAGUCGAUGCCAAGCAUUGGAGAGAGGUGUGCCGCACUGCUCAUGAUUCUGGAGUAACAUCCAAUGCCAAAGACAUCACAAUAGCUGCUAGUUGUGUGCGUCCUUCUGGUCCAGUUUGUGGCACUAGGACUCCCCAAUAUUCACUUGAAUGCUUGUUUCAGCUUUCAAAGUCAGGUCAUUUUGUUCGUUGCAUGGUAGAUAUUGCUGAAGCUGUUAUGCGAUGCAUACUUCUGUCACAGGAGCCUAUUCAUCCAAUGCUGGUCGAGUUGAUAGAAAUGUUUGCUGAAGCUUCUUGUGGUCUGAGCUCUGUUGGUUGCAGAAAUGCAUAUAAGAUGAAGCCCCUUCCUUAUGGAUUCUUGAUUGCAGUAAUCAAGCCUUUCUCGUCGUACAGUUCUGACCUUGAAAAUAUACUGGCUGGUACAUCUGGUGAGACCAUUUGCUUGCAGAAACUGGAAGGUGGUGAACCUUAUGGAUCUAGCCUACUCAAAGUUAAGUCAGCUGGUCAAGCAGUUCUGGCUUCCUUUUUUGUGCUAUGUAAAGAGCUAUUAGAACAAGAAAAGGCAAAGCUCCAUGGUGGUCAUGUUACCACUUCAAAUUCAAAAGAUGGCGAUGAGAUAUGGUGGUCAAAACUUCUUACUUCAUUGCCACUUAAGUGCUUGCUUGCACUCAUGGAAAAUAAUUGGUCAUCAUAUGAGCAUAUAUUUCCUCGGUGGGCAGGCAUGGCUGUUUACCUGUUUCCAGAACGGCUGCAAGUUUUUUAUCGACCUGAGGACUUGGAAGAACUAAGGAAUAACUUCACUUCUGGAGAUAAAAAUCUUCAGCUCUGGAAAAAAUAUCUUCAUGUGAAGAUUGAUGAUCAUUCUGACUCUAGCAUAGCUGAUUUUGGUCACGAUCAUGAAAUUGUUCGUGCAAUUUCUGAAUCUGGUAUAACGAUUGAAACAGCUCCGAAGAUCCUCAGGAAUUCUUCGGAAAAUUGUAUGCGUGCCUUAAAAUUAAUUGAAGCCAUCCAUAUAGGGAACUUGCCUCGGAAGAACGUAUUCGAGUUGCAGGUGGUGGUAAUGCAAGAGGUACUUUCUCUUAUGCUGAAAGGUUCUUGCCCACAGAUGCUGCAGGAACGAUUCUGUGAAUGGUGGUGCAGCCUGGAGCAUAUUGAUGUUGAGGUCCUUUUGCCUGUUCUUUAUCGCUAUAUAUCAAGUUCAACAAUGGAUUCUGAUGGAGGCAUAUGCAUUGGAUCUUCUAAUGCCAAUCUUGGAUUUCCAUCAAUGUCAGUUUUAUAUCAGGACCUUGUUGAGCAACCUCUCUCUUUUCUUGCAUUCAAAAAGGAAGUAUAUUAUACAUCUCUUUUAUCAGUUUGCCUUGAUCUUAUGAUGGAAUUAUUAGUUAAAAACAGAAGCAUGUGCCUUUUAGCUGUUGAAGGAGAGGACGAGACGAAAAGAAAAGAGGUCUUAAAGAUACUGGACACUCGGGACAGUGCUGUUUGUCAGAUUUUACUGGAGAACUGGUUGGACAUGAUCUCUUGUGGCAUCAUUGCUCAAAAGGAAUCUACAGUUAGGACUGGUCAGCACAUAUGCUUGUUCAUCUCAUCAUUAUUUUUUUCAAAUCCAACAGUAUUCAGGCUUGUACACUUUCAGGGUUAUGACAGAAGGUUGAUACCCUUCAUCGUUGAGGGAAUAAUGCUAAUGAUCCACUUUCUUGACUUUCUGGAAGACUUGCUUCAGUUUCAGGAGCUGCAAGAUUUCACAAUCGCCCUUAUCUCAAACAUCGCUAGAAGGCAUCCCAGCCAUUCUAAAAGUUUAUCUGCAGCUCAAAAGGUCUUAACACAAGCUAAGUGUGUUGGCUUGGAAGAAAAAUCAGGCACAUCAGCAGAGACCCUAGAGCACAUUGCUUUCCUCUCCCUAUUGGUUUCACGUCACCCGAAUAAGAAACCAGGAAUUACUGGAUAUACGUUUGAAACAAUUUAGUGCAGGGAAGGCAUUCCAGAUGCAUCAAACCAUGCUACAAUGCAGCAGUUGGAUAUCUUAAGCUACAUUCUACAAGAAGUUGGGUUUAUUGCUUUUGGUUCAAGCUGGUAGUGCACCAUCUGGAGCAGCAAAUUGAAAUGGCCAAGGGAAGUGAAUUAUGAUGAUCUUUGUUUGGUAGCAAGGUCGUUUCUUAUCCCAUGCUCAUACUGUUAUUUAAAAAACUUAUUACAUGGAGAAACCGCACUUGGGGUGAGAAGGCUUAGGACCCACCAGGUUUGUAACAGCCCCUUAGCUGGUACCUCUCCGCACGUGCUGCUACCUUUUAGAUCUCACCCUAACCAUGAUAGAAGAAAUAUUAAAAUGCCACCCUUAAAAUACUAAAUAAGAUCUGAAAAAUAGACCGGAUCAUGUGAAAAUCCCUGUUCACCUAUCUGUUUGAGUUGAGCAUAUAGCAGUUAUGCUAACAACCCACUAAUUGUUUUGAAUUCCAUGGACAGGUUAACGCUGCGAGAUUGUGCAAAUCUAUCGUGCCUCUGCCUUGACUUAGCUUUCACUGGCCUAGGCAGCAAAAGGAUCCUCUACUGCAGGGGAUGUCGGAAAUUGUCAUUUUAGGUCUGCUAUUUCGUCAGGAAGGUAAAGUAUGUCAGGCUUCUUUAAAUGAACAAACAUGAUCGAGUUUUCCAGGGAACUUCUUUUCCUUUGAACCUUAUUGGAGCAGCAAUGGAAUGCAAGCAUUUUCAGGGAGAUGUUCUUGGGUAAACUUGCAUGGGAAACUUGGCAGAAGACUGGUGGGACUUGGGAGUGAGCUCAGCAAGGCCCAUCUGGCUCUUCGUACUGCUUUGCAGGGAUAGAAGGUUGAAGUUGUUUAGUACUUACUUUUUUUAUCUCUUUCCCUAGGCAUUUCCCCCCUCCUUUUCUGUUGUAUGGUUUCCUCUAAAGCAGUUUCCUUCUUUGGUAAUCUGUUGAAUGGGAUACCUAAGGAUUCACUAGCCUGCUGAGGUAAAUUCUUGCUUCAAUUAAGAACAAAAGACUAACGCCUUUGAGAAGGAGAGAGGGAGACUAUUGGCUUUCUAAAGUCCAGUAGAACAUGGAAGUACCUCGCACAUUAGAAGUCUUGAGUAACCUAAUUGUCAGCUGAUUGAGGUUGUAGGCCCACCGUUUUAUUCAGCCCGGCAGUCUCAUAAUAUUGGCGCUCACCGUAUUGUGCCCAUGGUAGUCAAUUAUCAGUUAUAUAUAUAAUUUUUAUAUCUGUCAGUGCGUUCAUAUUCAUGAGGGAAUUGAUUCUCAAAUUUGCUUUAAACAGGACAUUGACGAGUGGCCGUCUAAUUUCCACUGGUAUGUGCAUAUAGCUGGUAAAAUAACGGAGAGCGAGGCGACACUUUGAAGUUCAGACUGGGUCCAAAUGCUGUAGCUUCUGUACAUGUAUGGGGAAUUGUGCUGCGAGCCUGCGAAUCCAUGUAAGCGAAAAAUACAAAUGAAAAACAAAAUAAAUGUUUUGGGAGAAAAAGACAGGUUCAAGUAAUUGGCAAAUGAAGUUACGGACAUCGAAAGAGCUUUGGAAUCACAGAGGUGGGAUUUUACCAUUCCCUAAGUUUUGGGUGAAACGAGAGGUAUUAAUGUUACGAAGGCCUUUCUAUUCCCCUGCCUUUGGGGUUCUGCGUUUGUGUCGCGACAGUUGAGACAUCUAUUUGA